AUGAAUAACAUCACCAGCAACGUCCUUCCAGCCGAGGACCUUUCCACACGCGCAUAUGUGCGGUGGGACGCGAAAGGAGUUGAAGAAGUGCCCCUAAAUGAAGCAGAAGACAUUCAAGCCGUUGCUGAUAUGAUCAAUGAGGGGCAGCGCAGGACUUGGAACUCGACACGUCAUGGCUAUGGUGGUACCCAUGCCAGAACACAGGGCAUCGUCAAAGGCACGUUUAUAGUCCCUGAUGACCUGCCUCACCACUUGAAACAGACGGAACUGUUUCAACACGGCGGCGAGUACCCUGCAGCAUGUCGAUACAGUUCAGAGCCCGGCGACCCUGGUCUUGAUGACCGCAUCCCUCAACCUCGGGGCUUUGCCAUGAAGCUGUUCAACGUCAAAGGAGAAAUGUUCGAGGCCGGCAAGGAUAUUCCAACUCAGGAUAUUGAAUUCAACAGCACCCCGGCCAUUGACCUCGCCGACGCAAAGACGACAAAGGAAAUUAUCGGCCUCCGGCUUAAGCAUGCUGGCAACAAAGAAGAAUUGAAUAGAGAGCUCAACGCUCGCCAAGAUGCGCAACUCCAACUCGCUCGCGACCAGGUCCGCAACACCCACCUCGAAUCCACGCGACAGUAUUCCCAAACGGCGUACCGGUUUGGAAACUAUGUCAUCAAGUACUCCCUUGUGCCAUCUACCGAGACGCAGAGGAAGCUCUACGAUGAGACUGUGAAGCCAGAGCAUGACGAGUCCAUCCUGCAAAAGUGGCUACAGAAUUUUCAUGCACACCAUGACGCGGAAUAUCUCUUCCAAGUGCAGCUACUAGAGAACCUCAGUGAUCAGCCUGUUGAAUAUUCAGGCGCCGUGUGGGAUGAAUCAAAAUACCCCUGGCAGACUGUUGGCAAGCUUGUGAUCCCACAACAGGACAGUUUCGACUACGAGAGGAAGAGAUUUUGGGAAGACUAUGCACGUGUUGAUCCAUGGCAUGGGUUGAAGAGCCUUCAACCAUUGGGUAGCUCGAACAGGCUUCGGCGGGCAGUUUACGCUGCGAGUAGCAGCAUGCGACGCAAGUUGAACGGGGUAAAAGAGGUUCAAGUUAAGAGUAUCGACGAGAUACCUAAUUGA